AUGUGCGGCGAAAAUAUUCGACUUCGAGCCCACAUUGAAAACCGGCAAACAUUUGCUGUACAUGUUCGUGUCAAAGUUACACAGCACGUGGAAUACUUCAUCGAUAAAGGAGUACUUGGCGAAACUAAAGCUUUGGCUUGUACAGUCUUAGAAUACAGAUCUCCCUUAACGCCGCCAAAUAGUCGAGGACGGUACGAUUCCGAGUUGGAUGAACCAAUAACACUGCCCGUUGUACCGCCAACAUUAGUUGGAGUUUGUCGGUUAAUCCAAAUUUAUUAUAUUCUAAAGACCUCAAUAGAAGACGAGAAAGGAAAUGAAUCUUUAUGUAUGGAUUUUCCACUAACUAUUGGUACUUUGCCCUACCGUAUACCAAACUCAACACCACCAACAAUUAAUUAUGAUUUUUGUAGUAGUCAGGUUGAAGGAGGUCGCUAUAUUUCACCAGAAUUUCGAUUAGGACAAGUUUACGACGGACCUAUCAAAGAGGGAGACCAGUUUGGAGAUGAUUUGAUAUUGUAUCGUCCGGUCUACCCAAAAAUUGCUGAUCGGGGCGGCAUAGCGCCAAGGACGUUCAACGAAACUAAUGCUGACAAAAAAGCUACCGAAGGAGAACGAUCGAGCAUUAACAAGUCAGGAUUUCAGACGAAACCAGUGCCGUCGAAUUCUGAAAAAAGCAGUAAUGAUACUUUUGCACUUGUGGAUCAAGACCUGGAAGUUGAUGAAAGUCAACCAACAGAAAAAACGCUACUUCAUGAAAGCAAAUUUAGCUGA